AUGGUGAAUAUCGUGGACCGACUGAAGCAGCUACAGAUCGUCAUGCAUGGCGAGAUGACGUUGGCGGGCGAGCAAUCUCUAAAUCAUGCGACGCAAGCUGAUGAUCAAAGACCUACGUCUGUCAAUGUGGCGCCACCCGCCUUCCCUGUUUCUCGGUCCCCACCAUGCGAGACCGCCGGGCCGCAAGCGACUCGGACUAAACCGUCUCAUACCUGCACAGUACGUCUCGAGAGUCGCGCGGGACCAUCGCUGGGGCAUAUCUCUGCGCCAAUCACCCGGAGCUCAUUGGCGAGCCAUAACGAGACGAUUGGCUCAGACAGUCGCCUUCAGCUCAUCACAGACGGUAGGAUUGGACCACAACGGCGAAGACCCUGUAUACAUCCGUGUUUACCAGAACAUGAGAAGAAUCGAUCUAGAAAACAGAGAGCCUCUUUUCGCAGAGACAAGAAGCGGAAAUACCAGCAAUCUGUCGAUGAGUUCGACGUGACCAAGUUCCUUGCUGAUGUAGCAGAUGCAUUUGGCGCAGACAGCGACUCUGAGAUUCUGCAGGAGACUCUCGAACAUUUGACGGCCGAUCCAAUCAGCAGUGAAGCUGCAUGGCUCCCAUCCUCAUGGAUACUGGAUAGACUGCUUACGAAGAACCCUGCUGACUCCAUGAAACUCAUAGAAGCGCUGCCGGGCCUGGUCAGAGAAAUCAAUGACCACAUCAUCUCUCAGCGGUUGUCGCGAGUAUGGAAGAGGAUGAUGUUGGCUCAGUUUUAUUCAACCUACAAAUUGGCACAAAAUGACCCUUCGAUGUUCUUACAGUGGACGGAGGAGAUAGCGAGGGAGAAGUCUAUCGAUCUGACUCGGACGUCUGGCCGGCGGGAGACGCAGGUGAAGAGUCGUUUCGUCGAUAUCAUCUUUUGGCAGUCGAGGAAAACUCGCGUGCAGGCCGCAAACAAAGUCAACGAUUGGCAGCGUAGCGGACGGCCGUGGGCUGAACUCAUUCAGCGCUUUGGUUGCGGCAGCCUGUUGCUCGUUCCUGACCAGUUGACAGACGAAAGUGUACGCUACCUGUCGCACGAGAAGUUUUCUCUCCUCCUGGAUGCCAUCCAGGAAAGAAGCGACUUGUUCGCCCACGCUUUGACGAAAGCGAACGACAAGAUGACGGCUAUGGCAUCCAACUUUCAGAUUGGUCGAGGUUCUUCUGAGACCGAUUCAGGAAGGCGGAUCUCUAAACCCGCGUCAGCAGCCUUACCUGACCCAACGGACCCUUCUCUUGGGGAAUAUCUCCGCGACACCUUGAAUCCCCAGAUACUAACUGUGCAUCAGCUCAACAGCUCGUCUGCUGUGACGAACAACGAACAUGUCACAACGGAUCACAACUUAUGCGGCCAUCCUCCGCCCAGAGGUACUGCCGCUCGAGACCUCAGUAUCUCAACACCACAUGCAGAAGAGAUGGGCACCUUGGACGCGGCACGGAGCACUGGUCCUGACGACGGAUGUCGACAGACCGAACGCAUCCCGAGCUCCGAAGACUUCUCAACGGACGUCCUUGAUCAGUUAUUUCAGAUCCUCAACGACAGACCCCAAGUAGAUGUGGAGGACUGGCGCCUGGAGUUUCACGUCUGGCCGAGCAUCAGACUCGUUGACACCACGCUCGAUGACGAUGCUGCCACCUGGUCGCCACAACACUGUUCGACCUUCUUAAAUAAUGCUCGCUAUCAAGUGUUGCCUUAUUUCGCAAGCUACCAUUGGCAGCUAGCCGUCUUCGACCAGAUUAAUCACGUUAUCGCUCGUUAUGACAGUGCCUGGCAAGAUGGCUAUGACCGCUUCACGUUCUCCGUGCUGCAAAACUGGCUUCGCUCGAGUGGAGGAAAUCCAUUCGACCGUCCGUACGAGUACAAUAUGGUUAAGAGCACCCCCGUACCUGACAAUGCUCACAACACCGGGAUCGUGGUCUGGUGGGUGGCCAAGCAACUGAUGUGCGGGAAAGACCUAAGUGAGCCUCCAGCAGAUUGGGAGCAUGAGAGAUCAUCAACUAUGCAAUCACUUCGUCAGGACGACGACUUCGACCUCUUUAUAGACUAUUGA